ACUCGCCAGUCGACGUGCUAUCGCGCCACUCUCGCUUCUUUCUCUUUUAGUUACACGGGAGUGGCAAUAGUGUUCUACUGUGGAUUUCGAUGGUCCACGAGGUGCGGUAAAAAGUAAGAAUAAAUAAAAAAAGAAGACACGCCAGUUUAGAAUUGUCAACACGAGUUCGUACUCCAAACAUGGCGCAUGACAAUAUGGUUUAUGUACCUGAACUACAAUUCCCAGAGGUCCUCUCGUGCAGCCAAACAGGAAGUGCCCUUUCAGCGUCACGCCCAAGCUGCCUGCGUUACUGAGAGAGAGGCGUUGCCGCAGUGUGUCUGCAGCAGGACGGGGUACUAUUAUCCCCAGAAAUCCAUCACUCACAUCCACCCAGGACCGCCCUCCCCAUUACUACCAGCCGAGCGGCAUACUUUCUAAAGUGGGGGGGUGCAGUAGGAUGUGGGCCUCAGCUGCUGGCAUCCUUCAUGAGAUCUUUAUUUUCAGCAUCAUCUGACAACUGACUGCAGACUGACAGCAUGAGCAGCACUGUGAUUCAACCGCAGGCGGUCCAAAGCCCUGGGACCCAGCAGAAACCAGGGAAAGGCCCCAUCCCCUGCCAGAACUGUGGAAAACCUUGCAAAGGAGAGGCCCUCCGAGUCCAGAAUAAACACUUCCACAUUAAGUGCUUUGUUUGUAAAGUGUGCGGGUGCCAACUGGCCAAUGGGGGCUUCUUCCUGCGGCAAGGCGAGUACAUGUGCACCCUGGACUACCAGCGGCUUCACGGGACCAGCUGCUUCAGCUGCCAGGACUUCAUCGAAGGAGAAGUGGUGUCUGCGCUGGGAAAGACUUACCACCCGCACUGCUUUGUGUGCGCCUCUUGCAAGCAGCCAUUUCCAGCCGGUGACCGAGUGACCUUCAACGGCAAGGAGUGUAUUUGCCAAAACUGUACCCAACCUCUUCCUGUCCACAGUCCUGCGCCCAUACAAGCCGUCCAUAACUGCUGCGGCUGUGGGAAGGAGUUCACAAACGAACAAUCCCUGGUUGCACUGGACAAGCACUGGCACCUGGGCUGCUUCAAGUGCAAAGUGUGCAACAAGGUCCUCAACGCAGAAUACAUCAGCAAGGAUGGGAUCCCCUACUGCGAGAUGGACUACCAUGCCAUGUUCGGCAUCCAGUGUGAGAGCUGCAAGAAGUACAUCACUGGGAAAGUUCUGGAGGCCGGAGAGAAGCAUUACCAUCCGUCGUGUGCCCGCUGUGCUCGCUGCGAGCAGAUGUUUGCAGAAGGAGAAGAGAUGUACCUCCAAGGUUCCUGCAUCUGGCACCCUCCUUGCAGGCAAGCAGCCAAGCAGGAAGAGAAGAGUAAGGUGACCAGGACUUCAUCGGAAAGCAUCACGUCCGUCCCGGCAUCCAGCACAUCGGGAUCACCAAAUCGGGUCAUUUAUGCUAAGCUAGGAGAGGAGAUGCUGGACUACAAAGACCUGGCGGCCCUGCCAAAAAUCAAGGCCAUCUACAACAUCGAGCGGCCGGACAUGCUGUCAUACUCGCCCUAUGUCAGCUACCCGGCCCAAGAAAGCCCGCAGUACAGCCAGGGCAAUGGAGAGAAAUCACCCUGUCAGCCGAGACCCUCCAGUCCAAGUUCGAACAGUUCUUUGGGAGGUUAUGGACGUUACACUCCAUCACGAUCCCCCCAGAAUAACAGCAGAGCAGGAGCAGAGGUUUAUCUUGGCAGUAGAACCAGCAGCCAGGCCCCUGAACCCAGUGCACUUGGGCCACCCCCUGGUGGUCCUGGUGAUGGGCCCAAGUACGCAGGAUGUGGUAGUUUGGGGGUGUCCUUACACCUGAACCCCACCACUCUGUCCAUGCUGCAGCAGCACAACUUCAUCCCUUAUUUCAGAGGUAGCGAAAGCGGUCGGAGUACCCCCAGCUUAUCCGCCUACUCCGAUGGAAAAUCGCCGUCCUCCGGGUCGACGUACGUCGCUGCCCCUCGCCAUUUCCACAUACCUGAGCCUGUGGUCAAAGAUAAUAUCUAUAGAAAACCCCCCAUCUACAAACAGCAUGCUUCCAGAACUUCCUGGCAGGAUGGCGAGGAUAGCAAGAACGCCAGUUGGAUGAUGGAUGGACAGAUGGGCCCAGAAGACCUUGACCCAUGCAAGUCUACAUGCAGUUUGCCAAUGAACACCUACAAGCCAAGUUUUCCUCAUAAUAAGUUUGCAUCCUUACCUGGUUAUGGGAGGAACGGCAUCUACAAGGCUGCUGACAUGAUGGAGGACCACGCUGAUCCAGACUCUCACAGCUGGGGAGGCAUGAGAGGUAAAUAAACAACAUCUCAUGGCUUCCUUCUAGUCGACAGCUUUUAAACGUCAUGACUUCAUUUUACUGUUUCCUUUCUUUAUUUCCCAGAAUACAAGGUGUACCCCUAUGAAAUGCUGGCAGUCACACACCGAGUGAAAGUGAAACUUCCCAGAGACAUUGAUCGCACACGACUAGAGCGCCACCUAUCGCCCGAGGACUUCCAGAGGGUGUUCGGAAUGACGCUAGAACACUUUGACCGCCUGGCCCUAUGGAAGAGGAAUGACUUGAAGAAGAGGGCGCGCCUUUUUUAAGACAGGAAAGUCCUGAAUCCACAAAUUAACAACAUAAUGCCUUGCCAUUAUAGUAUAGAACCGCCAUUUUGUCCAUCCUGAUGCGAUGCAAUGAUACACUUCAUGGCUUUAUGACCAUCUGUGACUUAUGAUAGACUUUCUGUUUUGUUUUUUUGUUUAUCCUUGCAUGACCACUCGCCUGCUUUUAAUCACUAGCUGACUGUUCUCAUUAUAAUUUAGCAGGAAAUCAUUCAACUGAAGCGAUCACGUAUUAUUUAUUAUAAGACCAUUCUUUUUUUAAACCAUAUAACUCAUUCUAUAGAAACAAGUGCAGCAGGAUUAAACAAUAAAUUUGACAUUUUAAAUAGUCAAAAAAAAAAUCUCAUUAAAUAUUCCACACUUUUAUGACACCUGAAUUAACAAUCACAUAUUUUCACAUAAAUUUCCUUCAUCCACCAGAUAAUAACAAAACAAUUUAUUUUUUUUAUUAAUUAAGUAAAUUAAAUUGAUAAAACUAAAGUAAAACUGAACUACUCAUGCUUAGAUAAUGAUUUUUAACAUUAUUAUUCUAUGAGUAUUUGAUACCCACUAGUCCAGUGUUUUUCAACCACUGUGCCGCGGCACACUAGUGUGCCGUGAGAUACAGUCUGGUGUGCCGUGGGAGAUGAUCUAAUUUCACCUAUUUGGGGUACAAACAUUUUUUGCAAACCAGUAUUUAUAGUCUGCAAAUGAUGUGUUGUUGUUGAGUGUCGGCAGAGUAACCGUGUAAUACUCUUCCAUAUCAGUAGGUGGCAGCAGGUAGCUAAUUGCUUUGUCGUGAUCACAAUAUGCAGACGACAGCGGGAGGCAGGGUGCAGGUAAAAAGGUAUCUAAUGCUUAAACUGAAAAAUAAACAGAAGGUGAGUGCUCCUAAGAAAAGGCAUUGAAGCUUAGGGAAGGCUAUGCAGAACGAAACUAAAACUGAACUGGCUACAAAGUAAACAAAAACAGAAUGCUGGACGACAGCAAAGACUUACAGCAUGCGGAGCAGAGAAGGCGUCCACAAAGUACAUCCGAACAUGACAUGACGAUCAACAAUGUCUCCACAAAAAAGGAUAAAAACAACUGAAACAAAAGCAGGUGCGGGGGAAUAGCGCUUAAAGGAAGACAUGAAACUGCUACAGGAAAAUACCAGCAAAACAGGAAAAGCCACCAAAAUAGGAGAACAAGACAAGAACUAAAACACUACACACUGGAACACAGGAAAAAAAAAAAUCCAAAUAAGUCAGGGUGUGAUGUGACAGGUGGUGACAGUACACCUACUUUGAGACAAGAGCUAUAGUGUUGCAUGCUUAGUUAUGGUUUAAAGUCAUAUCCGACGACUUUUUAUUGUCAAUAUCGAGUUUCAUAUUUUAAUGAUUUCUGCUGCUGGUGAGCCUUUGGAUUUUUUCAAUGAAAAAACUGUGCCUCGGAUCAAAAAAGGUUGAAAAACACUGCAAUAUGCAGACCACAGCGGGAGGCAGCGUGCAGGUAAAAGGAUAUCUAAUGCUUAAACACAAAAUAAACAAAAGGGGAGUGCCCCUAAAAAAGGCAUUGAAGCUUAGGGAAGGCUAUGCAGAACGAAACUAAAACUGAACUGGCUACAAAGUCAACAAAAACAGAAUGCUGGACGACAGCAAAGACUUACUGUGGAGCAAAGACGGCGUCCACAAAGUACAUCCGAACAUGACAUGACAAUCAACAAUGUCCCCACAAAGAAGGAUUAAAAACAACUGAAAUAUUCUUGAUUGCUAAAACAAAGUAGAUGUGGUAAAUAUCGCUUAAAGGAAGACAUGAAACUGCUACAGGAAAAUACCAAAAAAAAAAGAGAAAAAGCCACCAAAAUAGGAGCGCAAGACAAGAAGUAAAACACUACACACAGGAAAACAGCAAAAACCUCAAAAUAAGUCAGGGUGUGAUGUGACAGGUGGUGACAGUACACCUACUAUGAGACAAGAGCUGUAGUGAUGCAUGCUUGGUUAUGCUUUAAAGUCAUAUCCAACAAUUGCUACGACGACUUUUUACUGUCAACUGUUUUUUGUUUUUUAAUGUUUCCCGCUGGUGGUGUGCCUCCGCAUUUUUUCAACGCAAAAAAUGUGCCUUGGCUGAAAAAAGGUUGAAAAACACUGCACUAGUCAAUGUUUAUUUAAUGAUAUAAAAUGCCAUUAUUAAACAAGUUCAAUUAAAAACAUACAGUGCAACGCAAUAAAAAUAUAGCGAAAAUUAGUGGUCGACCAGUAAAUAUUUUCGAUUUGUGUUUUCAUUUAUAUUUACUUGUUACAUUUUUAAUUUGCGGGAAAAAAACCUAAAUAAAAUAAAGCUACCGACUAACUAUUUUUUUAACACUAAACAUUUAUAUUAUAAUGACAAUUACCGAUCAAUUAUGUGUUUUGAAAAUGUAUUUAUUAAUAUAAUGCAUAUUAAAAAAAUUAAUAAAAGACGCUGGAAAAACAGUAAAACUAUUUUUUUUUCCCCAAAAUGGUCCACUUCCACGUUCUUGGUGUGUAUUGUCAUGAGAACUUUAUUUCCAAUUAUUCAACAAGUUCAAUUAAAAACAUACAGUGCAACGCAAUAAAAAUUUAGCGAAAAUUAGUGGUCGACCAGUAAAUAUUUCCGAUUUGUGUUUUCAUUUAUAUUUACUUGUUACAUUUUUAAUUUGCGGAAAAAAAACCUAAAUAAAAUGAAGCUACCGACUAACUAUUUUUUUAACACUAAACAUUUAUAUUAUAAUGACAAUUACCGAUCAAUUAUGUGUUUUGAAAAUGUAUUUAUUAAUGUAAUGCAUAUUAAAAAAUAAAUACAACUAGUAAAAGAUGCUGGAAAAACAG